UGCACUUUUUCACGAUAAAAGCAAUGUGUGCAGCAUUUAAACUCGGUUUACGUUAAAGCGAUUUUUAUAGCGAUUUUCUAAUGCUGAUUUAAAAUUUAUUCAUAUUAACAUAAGUGUGCGUGGCGUUUUGAUAUGACUGGGGCAACACAUCACUUGGAAAGAGUAAUUACACCCUCGCCCUUGGUGAAAAUCAGCAAGCGUGACUCAUCCGAAUUACGGGUGACCAUCGACAAAAUCGAAUCACUAGUCGUCCCCUCGGAAAAUGUCUCAAAACACAUGAAGUUUGCGAUACACGCUACUCUUUUCAGUCUCACCAGCAAAACCGCUUUCGGAAAUAUAUGGAGCUCGGAACUUAUCUCUCCGACUGAGAACAAAGAAAACUUCUCUCUGAAAGUAAACGAGGCUAUAUACUUUUACACGAACGUUCAGUUGGCCGACGCUUGUCUGAUAAUCGAAGUUGCGAAGGUCAACAGUAUUUCGAAUGAAAGCAUCAGUUGUGGUUGGACAGGGGUGAAACUUGAGCCUUUGCCUGGAAAUGGGUCUCGAUCCCAGCUGUACUACGGGUCAGCGAGAGCCCUGGUGAGCUUGGGUAAAAAUUACCCAACUGGCCUUAACAAAAUAGACAGCAGCGAAGUAUAUUUGAGUGUCACAGACUGCGAGAGUAUUUCGACUGUUUCCAAUUUAUUCGAAGCGAACACUUUGGUUGGAAAACGGACAAUUUUGCCAGGUGUCGAAAAACAGCCAGGUGUUAGCGACUUUAUGGCCACUCCAAAACUUUCGCAAAGAGUUUCGCUUUAUCUGCAACACCUUGAAAUGAGUUUCAACAAGAAGUUGAGCGAUAUUUCCGAUGAAGUAUGCGAGAAAGCAGCCUCUGAUCUAAUUUCGGAGCUCCGUGAGUUUGAAGAGCCUGGAAUUUUCCAAGAUUUUCUGGACUCUUUUAUGGAUACAGAAGAAAAUGAGACAAAGCUGAGCAAUUUUGGAACAAUAGCUCAGUGGAAGCUCAAAAUCUUUGGACAUAAUGGGUUCAAAAUGAUAAACGAACCUCAAACUUUGGAACUUAAAAAGAUCAUAAAAGUCAAAAGUGAAGCUUUGAAAUAUGGAAAGGAAGUUGAAAUCAAGAAUUUGAUUGACCACAAAGAUUGCUUUCUGAUGUUCCAACUUGUAGCAGUGAUCAAAUUAUCUGACGAGUUAAUAAACCGAAAAAAAGACAGACUCAAAGAGCUCGGAAUUGACGUCAAGGAAGAAAAAUCAACCCAGAAAACGCUUCAUGUAAAGCAGUGGCGCUUCCCAAUACAUGAAAAAAAUGGCGAAGUUGAUUUGGAGUCUGAAAAAUUCGUCGAAAUUGACGAAUUUAAAUUUGUGCUACAAUCUGACGUUGAAAUGAAUCUGAGGGUCCGAUAUUCGAAGGAACGGGACCCGACUGACCGUUUGGCAGACGAGUCACAAGUUACCGGUGUGGACGAAACUGACUUAAACGCCUUGAAACCGACUCGAAAUUUAGAGUCCGAUUUGAACCGAGAAGACGAGAUUCCAAUAAUCACGACACUUGGACCUGCUGGGACUUACGAUAACAAAUUUGACGAGCAGAUAACAUUCAGAGAAGAAGAGCUGACACGAAGCACACCAAGGCAUCCGACUUACGAGAUGCAGUCACCGAGAGGUGUUCAACCGGUGUCAGAAUUUGUUCACGACGACAUGCGACAAGUACAAUACGCGUCCCCAAACCCCCAAGUUAUUGCAUUGUCGGGAAUGCUUCAGCGAAAGCCACUACAGUUAUCGAGGAAGUCUUACGCCGAAAUAGUUUCGGCGGGAUUCCCUCAACCAAAAGACGAUUUCGGAAAUUUGCCAUCUGUAGUCGGAGUAGACAGCCUCGUCAAACUAGAUAUGAAGUCAGAAAAGAACGACCCACUUGUAGUGAAUGAAAUUGUUAUUCAGUUUCUCGCUUUCUCCAAAUCAACUCAAGAUCUAAACUCGCAUCAAAUUGGGUCAAUUUUCUUCACUUUCCAGUUCUACAAAUUCCCUCAAACUGUUUCUGAGCGACUUAAAUUGACAGAAAGAUCAUCAAUUUUGUCUGGCGAGUCGUUUAAACCAUUUAUUUUGCAACGAAUGCAGCAAGAUCAGGCUCUCGCAAAUGAACCUCCCGGAUGUCUGUACAAAUUCUAUUUGGAUCCUUCGGUUUUGCAGUCAGGUGAAACGGAAUGUGUCAUCAAGUACUUGGCAUCUCAGAAACUGAUAAUCGAUGUUUGGAAUGGAGAUAGUUUAAUGCAUCUAGGAUCAUGCGCGGUUGAUCUGAAGUAUCUACUGAGACAAGGAAGACCAGCCACUCAGACGACCUUUGAGUAUGAGGUAUUGUCACAGGAGUUCGCAUCCGAGUCUACUUCUAUGAUUGGAGAUCUAGGAACCACGGGCAGCCUUAUUAGACCAGUCAACAGUCAGAAAUCGGUAAAAUCAGGCCAUCUACACAUGAGAUUAGUCAAUAUAGGUCACUCCAGGUCAUCACAGGGAUCAUUGAGUCGUAGUUUGGGGUUUGAAAAAUCACUGAUGUACGCUAAAACGGGUUCUGUAGCCCGUGACUUAAGCGCAACGACUCUUAACAGGACUAAAAAGCAAGCUAACAGACUACCAGAGGUCGAUCGAACGCUAAACACAAUGCUUCUGAGCGAAAAAGAGAGUCUUCGAUUAACGGGGGGAAAAUUACCUGAAGACAGAGAUCGAAAGCUCCUUCGAAUGCGUCAAAUGCGUUCGUCGCUUCUCGCUAACAGCACCGGCGGCACUCUGGACGCGACUAAAAUGUCCAAAAUGGAAAGUUUGACAAUUCAGAGAUUCGAACGAGAGGAAAAGCAGAAGGAAUUAAAGCUGAUCGAAGAGUACAGAUCAGCUACUAAGCAAAACACAAUACACAGUAUGUUGUUGUCGGAUAUUACAACAGAACACUCUGUGUUUGCCAGUUUCGGAGUCGCCGAGCUGGUCGAAUUUCAGUUCCGGAACCCAUUUAAUGAAGAUACCUUUUUCUUCAUUCAUUGCGGCGACAACCGUUCAAUUCGUCCGGUAACGAACACAAAAGAGCUCAGGUUACUGAAAGCUCUCAAAAAUUCAACAACUCCCAUUGCGGAUAUAUUCAUCGACGACUCAAACACAGAUGAAAAUACGACUUCUGAUUUGGAAUCUUCUGGAAUCGUUAAAAUAUUCCUGAAACCCCACGAGUUAGUCUACAUUCCAUUCAAGUACACUAGCCUCUAUGCCGAUAGCUCGAUGCCACUCGUGAGUCCUAUCAGCUCAUCCGAUAAAGAGACACUUUUGGGAGACAACCAAAAUCUGGAAACUAGCACAGUAAAGGUCCAGAUAAAAGAUCCAACGGAGAAGCCAGUCUCAAUCCUCAAUUUGAACGUAGUUCAUCAGCCCAUUCUGGUCGAUCAAACGUUCCGAUUUAGUCAUCCAGAAAAGACUGUCGUUAAAAAGUCUAUUCGGCUGCCUCCACUAUCGGCCGGUCGAACUAACACUCACUUUUCGGGUAAACUAAUUGCUCUGUGCAGCGACGUGAACACAAUUUGCACUACUGGAGCACCUGGGACUGCAAGUGAUCCUCAAGACGUUAAUAUAAAGACCCUUACGGGUCCUUCACCUUCGGUUAAAAAGUUCUACGUCUCAGUUUACGAAGGCGAAUUCCGAUUGGCGCCUACUCAAACAUGGAUGUUCGUCAUCGAGUCGCUGAAAAGAUGCGAUGUUCAAUGCGUCGCGGGUCAAGCUUCUCGGUUUUCACUCGUGAUCAAGGGUUCGGGUGCCUCGAGACUCGUGAAGGUGUUUAUUUCGGAUCCAGCCGAAAUGGAAGUGGACCCGUGCGAGCCUUUCAUUCUCUCGUCUGUUAGUCUAGUCGAGUUAGAAAUACUAGUUCGGCCGCUUAGACCUGGAAACAAGCAUUUCUUCGUGAAUGUAGUAGAUAUUGACUAUCACCAGAAAAUCCAUUCGUGGUUGAUAAAUGCAAACUGUUCGUUGCCCCAAAUCACCAAAGCGUUUGAGAUCAAACUUCCAGUUAACGGGGGCAAAGGAUCCGUGAAGAAAAUACCUUUCACGAACAAUUACCCUAUCAGGAAAAAAUUUCACCUCCAUACAGAUAGAAGCGAUCUGUUGUAUUUGGGCGAAAAUCAGAAGGUUUUAGAAUCCGGAGAGGAAUGCAUGCUUGGGUUGACAUUUCUGCCCGUAGCUCAAAGAGGAUCAACCGAAAUUAUCUUGUACGUAAACGACGAUGAUAAUAACAACGAAGAUACUUUCUGUAUAAAAACCACCUACAUGUGAAUAUCAAGUUCUUAAAUCGCAUUAAAAAAUUGCGGCUUCACUCUUUUAGAUAACCCUAAUGCUAUUAAUUACACAAAUUAAUGUUUCAAUUCUAUUUUCUUUAGUAAUACGGUUAAUUUUGAACGAA